AUGAAUAUUUCUUUGAGUAGGAUUCAUACGCAGAGUUCAGAUGUUUUAGGAGGUUCAACAUGUGAAGAUAAAACCCCCAUCUUAGUUGUAAUUCCUGGAUUAACUAGUGAUUCUUCUGCAGCUCUUUUCCAAUAUCAUGUCUUCAAUAGUGACAAAAGCAUCUUCUACAGUGAAGUCAUCCAUAAUGUCAUUGGGUGGGAUGUUGUUGUUUGCAAUCACCGUGAAGUUGGAGGAAUUUCUGUCACGUCUGAUUGCUUCUAUAAUGCGGGGUGGACAAAAGACACACGAGAUGUCAUCAACGAUCUUCAUCGUGAAUAUCCCAAUGCUCCUCUUUUUGUUGUUGGAACUAGCAUUGGUGCCAAUAUUCUGGUGAACAUGUUCCUAUAG